AUGUUGUUCCAUAAGGCUCUCCGAUUGCUUUCGCCAAUCUUACUGUUGUUAAACGAGUCGGUGCACGGAAAAGUGAUUCCCCCCAGGGACUCCUACGAUGGAUGCAGGGCAAUUCCAGGGGAUUAUUCAUGGCCCAGCCUCGCGGACUGGAACGCAUUGAACAAAACCGUCGGCGGGAGACUCAUCGCUACCAUUCCCAUCGGAGCUCUCUGCCAUCGUACGUACAGUUCACAAACGGGAGAUAUAGCAUCUUAUGACAAGCAAAAAUGCCAAGAACUUCGAGAUUCAUGGUUCCUUCCGGAAACUCAUCUUGCGUCUUCAUCUUCGCCUAUGGCCUACGCAUUCUCAAACAAUAGCUGUAAUCCAUGGCUAGAUCCAGCCGUGUCUUGCACUAUUGGUCGUCAUGUUGUGUAUGCAAUCAAUGCACUCGGUCCUAGCGACAUUCAGCAAGGUGUCAAAUUUGCUAAGGCUCAUAAGAUCAGACUUGUGAUCCGCAAUACUGGUCAUGACUACCUUGGAAGGUCUACAGGCGCACAUGCUCUUGGGGUGUGGACCCAUAACAUGAAGUCGAUGGAGCUGACCAAGUAUCAGUCGAGAGACUAUUCUGGACCGGCGGUCAAAAUAGGUGCUGGUGUUCAUGGUGUUGAUGCCUAUACAUUUGCAAACAGCAAAGGACUUGUCGUAGUUGGCGGCAACUGUCCAUCUGUGGGCAUAGCUGGUGGUUACACGCAAGGUGGGGGCCACGGACCGCUCGCCUCGAAAUACGGCUUAGGUGCUGAUCAAGUAUUGGAGUGGGAAGUCGUCACUGCAGGUGGUCAGUUACUUACGGCAAAUUGUAACCAGAACUCUGAUUUGUUUUGGGCGUUGCGCGGAGGUGGCCCGGGGACUUUCGGUGUCGUGGUAUCAAUGACCGUGAAAGCGUACCCAGACAGUUAUGCUUCGACUGCUUAUUUCUCCGUUCUCGACAAUGGAACAAAUACUGACACGAUAUACAAAGCAAUCGGCUCGUUUCUGACGCUAUUGCCAAACAUUGUCGAUGCUGGUGUGUACGCACUUUGGGUUGUCAACCCGGCUGGAUUCUUUCUCAUGCCUGCUUUCGCGCCGACCCUGCGAAAGGGAGAGUUGGACAAAAUAUUGAAGCCAACAUUAGACGCUAUGGAUUCUCUGAAGCUGGGGUAUCAGUACUCAUCCUCAGAAAAUCCCACGUUCUUGUCCGCAUACAAAUCAUUGACCUCAAGUUGGAACGUCUCAGACUACAGCACAGGAGGAAGACUCAUCCCUCGCGACGUUGCCAAAAACAACAAGGAUGCUCUAGUCAAAGCCAUCCGACAUAUUGGUUCUAAGACACUUUUCUCGGCUGUCAGUUUCAAUGUGAAGAACGGUGUCUCAUCACCUGAUGAAAAUGCGGUAAAUCCAUACUUCCGCAGCUCACUCUUCAACGUUUUCAUGGGUGUUCCUCUCAACUACACGGAUUAUAAUGGCCAGACUGGGGAGAACGAGAUAACAAACGACUAUCUGCCAGCUCUCGCAGCGCUGACGCCUAAUGGGGGCGCUUACCCCAACGAAGCGGACGUUAACCAACCUGAUUUUCAGUCAGUAUUUUAUGGAACUCAUUAUAAGAAACUCCUUACUAUCAAGAACAAAUAUGACCCACAAGGCGUUUUUUACGCCAAAGCCGGUGUAGGAAGUGAAGCGUGGAAAGAACAAGUUGACGGAAGGCUUUGUCAAAUCAAAAGUGCGGCGUCGUGA